UAGAAAACGUAACGUGCCUCCGUGCUCAGAAACAGUUCCUUUUUGCAGUACAUGAUUUUUACAUUCGUUAACAUAACAUAAAGUAUGCCGAUACGUAUCCCACAGUAUGCAGACAUCCACACACCGUCGGCUCCCACCUCCCGCACCGAAACCUACGGCCGCAACACCGGCACUCCUUUCUCCAUCUAUCCAGACCACGACGCCACGACUGUGAAAACUCUGGAAAUCUGGGAGGGCCGCGCGAGCGGCGACUCAGCGGGAUUAUGGGUAAUCAAGGGCUUGCGGAUCACCUGGUUCAACGACCAGCGCAAACAGCUCUACAACCACCCGCAGGACGGGGACCAGCUCAAGAUCCUGACAUUCGCGACCAACGAGACGAUGACGGAAUGUAGUAUCCGGGCAGCGUGGCGCGUUGAUAGGAUUGAGAUCGUCACUAGCCGGGGCCAGCACUUGGUGGCGGGCGGGGAGGGAGGCACGCCUUACAGGAACGUGGCGAGAGGAUCGCUGGUGGGCUAUACGGGGAGUGCGGGGUGGGAGGUGGAUAAUAUUUCUGUCUUGUAUCGAUAAGGAUGGGGUUCUAGGGCUGUUCGGGGUGAACCCAUUGUUGAAUGCUUGGAACCAGUGAUGAAGCUGCUUACGCAGGCAGGGCUACUAGAGAUAUAGGCGCUUUGGAGUUGACGUA